AUGCAUAACCUUUUCCUUGGAACCUCAAAAAGAAUGUUAGAAAAGGCAUGGUUAUCCACAGACAGAAUCAACAACAAACAAUUAAAGUCAAUUCAGAGGAUCAUUGACUCAAUACCCAUACCAUCAGAUAUUGGUCAAAUUCUGCACAAGAUUGCAUUGGGAUUUGCAGGCUUUACUGCUGAUCAAUGGAAAAUGUGGGUAUUGGUAUAUUCAACAUGUGCUUUACAUGACAUUCUUGAAGAAGACGAUAGGUGGUGCUGGCAGCAUUUUGUCAGGUGUGUUACAUUAUGGAGUCAGAGAAUAGCAACCAUUAAUGAAGUAGACCAGGGCAAAGAGCAUAUGUUAGCUUUUUUAUGCGAAGCAGAAAACUUAUAUGCUUCUGGUGUUUUGCCUAUGAGCAUAUGGAUGG